UCGGCACCAAGGGAUUAUUGUUUGGCUCAUCGCGGCAUGUCUCUCUUCUCCUCGCUUCAGUCUCUGUCUCUGCUGCUGCACCGCUCUCCUCGAUCUCUUCUGCCUCUUCGACGCCGCAUGCGCACUGCUCCUGCUCCAAUGAUGGGGCGACGACGACAAGGGCACAAGGCACAGCAUGCUCGAGUGAUUACCUUGUCCAUUGAUCCAGCGUGUCCAUCGGCCGCAUCUUGUCUCCAAGGCACAGACGCGUAGAGUUGCUUUAUAUACUAGCCUGCGCCAUUUUUCUUUCUUUCACUCGUUCUCUCUCUCUCUCUUUCUAUACUCUCGACACGCCAUGCUCGCCCCCCUCCUCGCCCUCCUCGCUCUUCCCGCCACCCUCGCGGGCUACGCCUGCUACGACACCACCAAGGCUAUGGUCCGCCUUGCUGGCCCGGGCACUGCGAACGGCACCGUCUACUUUACUCAGCAGGGCGGUAGCGACGAGGUCAAGAUCACGGGGCAGAUCUCUGGCCUCUCGCCAGGCAAGCACGGCUUCCACGUCCACGCCUACGGCGACAUCUUCACGCAGGGCUGCACCAGCACCGGCGGGCACUACAACCCAUUCAACCGGACGCACGGCGCACCCUCUGACCGUGUCCGGCACGUCGGCGACCUCGGCAACAUCGAAGCCGGGGCGGACGGCGUCUCCCACCUCGACUUCUCCGACUCCACCAUCACGCUGUGCGGGCGCCGCACGAUCCUCGGACGCGGCGUCGUCGUCCACGACGGCGAGGACGACCUCGGCCUCGGCGGCUUCCCGGACUCGAAGACGACGGGGCACGCCGGCAACCGCACCGCUUGUGGCAUUAUCGCCGCGGUCGACCCCACCAAGUAGGCGCGGACAGUAGAUAUCUCAGUGUAGCAUACGUAAUGGACAGGUGCAUGGGUAUGGCGACG